GUAAUUGAAACCAACCUAAAGCUCCUUUUUGAUUAGUCUAGAGGUAGACCCGAUUAUUGUUGACUUAAGCAUUGGAGUGUCUACCUUGAGGACCCACCUUGAGGCUUUGCAGGUUCAUCCGAAGUGAAGACGCGGACUGAAGAAGGAUCUCUGGUUUGGUGCAAUUACAUUGGCGCCGUUUGUGGGAAUCCGAACUAAAGGCUUUCUUGUUGCUUCCUCAUUAUGGUCAACACUCGAUCAGUCCGAGCUGGAAAUCAAGCUCAACCUCUCGGACAAGAAGGAGGAGAUGAAAACCAACCUCACAAUUCAACCCACAACUCAGCUUCCACUACUAAUCACGGAGAUGUAGUUACAGCUCAGCUUGCUGCCAUGCAACAGCAAUUCGGUGUUCUUCAGUUAGUUUUGGCUCAGCUCCUAACACAAAAUAAUCCUAGCGAUCCCUUCAUCAACCUACUCAACCCUACUCAACAACCCCUUGUUCAACAGCAAGACCCUCAACCAGUUCAACAUGUUCCUGCUCUUAAUGAGUCUCAGGGUCAAUCUCACGUAGCCCCAGCUCAGCAACCUUUACCUGAUAUACCUCAACUCAAGACAUAUGAUGGGACGAAGGAUCCAGAUGAUCACCUCCAUGCCUUCUACUCUUGUAUAAUUGUCCAGAUCUGCUACCUCUUCCCCUCUAUGCCGCCGGUUAUUGCUGGUUAUAAGCUCCGGUUUUUCUUGCAAUCCCGUGGAAGUCCUCCAAUUCCCGUCGGUCUUCCUUUUACCGCCAGCUCCAACUUUGCUUGUUGGGAAUUUUUGAUGGCUCCAAAACGGCGUGGGCGCCCGAGGGGUAGCCGUAAGGAUCAGGGCACUCCUCCAAUCCCAGAUGCUAGUCCCCCUGCCCAAGCUGCUUUGCAGGAGGGAGGGACGAGCAAUCCUCAAGUGGCCAGCUUUGUUCAGGAACUUAUGGCAGAGAUAAGACGCCAAGUAUCUCCUGCCACAAGUGUACCACCCCCAUCCCCGGUGGUCUCCACUCCUAUGGCCCCUGCUCCAAUUUCCCCUGUUCCUAUCUCUUUUGCUCCUGUUGUGCCUAGCUGGAAGGUUUAUAUAGAAUUCAAGAAGCUGGUGACCAAGGGAUUUAAUGGUACUACAGGUUUUGAGCAGGUGGGAUCGUGGAUCACCGAGGUGGAACGGGGAUUCCGCCUACUGCAUGUUUCGGAUGACCUUAAGGUUAAUGUAGGCACUUACAUGCUUACUGGGAAGGCAUUAACUUGGUGGGAGAGUUAUCUGAAGCUACACCAAGGAGAGCCUGAAUUGAGCACCUGGGAUGGUUUUAAGAAGGUGUUCAUGCAGGAGUACAUACCGGACAGCAAAAGGCGAGAACUGCAAAGGGAAUUUGCAGAUUUAAAGCAAAGCCAAGUUGGCGAUGAGCAAGCCAAGGCCGACAAAUUUCUGUGGGGCUUAAAUUUUGACAUUUAUUUGGCGGUAAACCAAUUUAAACCCGCCACUUAUCGAGAGGCUGCGGACAGAGCUAUAGAUCAGGAGAAGGCUAUGGCUAGAGUCAAGUCCUCAGGGCAGCCUAGUGGUGGGUCAUCCCUUGGGAAGAGGAAAUUUGAUUGGAGCCGUCGAUCCCUUUUCCUUGCACCGCCUAAGUCUGAAAUCUGCAAGGGUUCUAAAUGGUCAGGAGCCACCAAGACAGUGAGUCAGGCAUCAACGGCCCAACGUGCUCGUCCUACUCAGCUUAUUUGCCGUGUUUGUGGGAAGGAUUCUAUCGGUCAGGGGGCGCAGAAACAGAGUAUCGGGGUUUGGACAAGAGCCCAACAGGCGAGAGUGCAAGUGAUGACUCAUAAGGAAGCUGCGGCCACCGACGUAAUCACGGGUAUCUUACCUGUUAACUCUGAUUAUGCGCAUGUUUUAUUUGAUUCGGGUGCAUCGCACUCUUUUAUUACUCGAUCUUAUGUUUUAAAACGAGCUUUGCCUGUUGAUACCUCUGAUUGUGAACUGCAUGUGAACACCCCUUUAGGAGGGGUGAUGACUACUAGGGAGGUGUGUAGAACUGUGGAUAUUUAUGUUGAUGGUAGACAGUUGAGUGCUAGUUUGUUUGUUUUAGAUAUCUCCGAUUUUGAUAUCAUUUUGGGGAUGGAUUGGCUAUCAAAACACUUUGCCUCUAUAGACUGUCAUCGGAAAUGGGUUCAGAAAUAUCUUGUAAAUGGUUGCCAAGGUUUCCUAGUCUCCGUUACUGAUGCUAGUAGUGUGACAUCGAGACUAGAAGAUAUACUGGUGGUGCGUGAGUUUCCGGACGUAUUUCCAGAGGAUCUCCCAGGUUUACCUCCGGAUAGAGAGGUUGAAUUUGCUAUUGAUCUUGUUCCUAGCGCCGGACCCAUUUCCAAAGCACCAUACCGUAUGGCUCCUACAGAACUGAAGGAGUUAAAGGUCCAGCUAGAGGAACUCCUUGAGAAAGGGUUUAUUCGCCCUAGUGUAUCACCUUGGGGAGCUCCAGUGUUGUUUGUCAAGAAGAAGGAUGGGAGCAUGAGGCUAUGCAUUGAUUACCGGGAAUUGAAUAAGGUGACUGUGAAGAACCGGUAUCCCCUUCCUAGAAUUGAUGACUUAUUUGACCAGCUCAAGGGUGCUCAGGUAUUUUCUAAGAUUGAUCUUCGAUCUGGCUACCACCAGUUGAAGAUUAAACCCGAUGAUGUGCCAAAGACUGCCUUCCGCACCCGUUAUGGUCAUUAUGAAUUCAUAGUCAUGCCAUUUGGCUUGACAAAUGCCCCUGCCAGAUUUAUGGAUUUGAUGAAUCGGGUGUUUAGCAAGUACCUAGACCAGUUUGUGGUUGUCUUCAUUGAUGACAUUUUGAUCUACUCUUGUAGCCGCACUCUUCAUGAAAAGCACUUAAGGACAGUCCUCGAGACAUUGAGAAGUGAGAGGCUGUUUGCUAAAUUUAAGAAAUGUGAAUUUUGGCUAGAUAAUGUUGCAUUCCUAGGUCACGUUGUGACUAAGGAUGGAAUCUCUGUUGACCCCCAGAAGAUUGAGGCCAUGGUUGAUUGGAAAAGGCCGAAUAGUGUCGCAGAAAUCCGUAGUUUUCUGGGAUUGGCUGGUUAUUACCGCCGAUUUGUGGGGCAUUUCUCUAGAAUUGCUCUACCAAUGACUCGUCUUAUCAGGAAGGACACCAAGUUUGAGUGGACCCCAGAGUGUGAGAAGAGCUUUUUGACCCUUAAGGAGAAGUUGGUCAUUGCUCAUGUACUUGCACUUCCAAUUAAUGGGGAAAAAUUCACUAUAUAUAGUGAUGCCUCUAAAAAGGGUUUAGGAUGUGUCUUGAUGCAAAAAGAUAGGGUUAUUGCAUAUGCUUCUCGGCAGUUAAAGCCUUAUGAAGAAAAUUACCCUACCCAUGUUCUGGAGUUGGCAGCUGUAGUAUUUGCACUCAAGAUCUGGAGGCAUUAUCUGUAUGGUGAGACUUGUGAAAUCUUCACUGAUCACAAGAGCCUUAAGUAUAUUUUCACUCAAAAGGAGCUUAAUAUGAGGCAGAGGCGAUGGCUUGAACUUUUAGAGGACUAUGACUUGACCAUUAGCUACCAUCCGGGCAAGGCUAACAAGGUAGCAGAUGCGUUGAGUAGGAAGUCCUCUGGCAUUGCCUCUAGCAUCCUUGCCACUCAGAAGGAGUUACUUGAGGAUCUUGUGAAACUGGAUGUGGAGUUGAGAGUGGACAGCACUACGGCUUAUCUAGCCGCUCUCAGUGCACAACCGACAUUAUUUGAUAGGAUUAAACUUGCCCAGCAGAAAGAUCCUUUCUUGCAGAGGAUGAAGGAAAAAGUAAGAGCCGGAGAAACCCACAUGCAAGAAUUUAGGAUUUCUGGUGAUGAGACUCUGUGGUUUGGUGAUAGGCUGUGUGUACCAAGAGACCAUGCUUUAAGGCGUGAGAUUAUGGGAGAUGCCCAUUAUACUAGCUAUACAAUUCACCCAGGUAGCACCAAGAUGUAUCGUGAUUUGUGUAGUACAUUUUGGUGGCGGAACAUGAAGAGGGAGAUAGCUAGAUUUGUCUCACAAUGCCUGACCUGCCAAAAAGUCAAGGCCGAACACCAGAGACUUCCUGGAAAACUGCAGCCUUUACCUAUUCCCCAGUGGAAGUGGGAAAACAUCACCAUGGACUUUGUGACUGGAUUACAACGAACCUUAAAAGGUAAUGAUUCCAUCUGGGUCAUCGUUGAUCGAUUGACCAAAUCAGCUCACUUCUUACCCUACCGGACUGGCACCUCCAUUGAAAAGCUUGCCAAUAUGUACAUGGAGAAGAUAGUCAAACUGCAUGGAGUCCCUGUGUCUAUUGUGUCAGAUAGAGAUACCAGAUUUUUAUCUCAUUUCUGGACAAGCUUGCAGCAGGCACUUGAUUGGAAGGGUUUGUGGGAUCAACACUUAUCCAUGGCUGAAUUUGCAUACAAUAAUAGUUAUCAGUCCAGCAUCCGCAUGGCGCCGUUUGAGGCUUUGUAUGGUCGAAGGUGUAGAUCACCUUUGAUCAAGGAACGCCUUCAUGCUGCACAAAGCAGGCAGAAAAGCUAUGCAGAUAGAAGGAGACGAGACCUUGAGUUUAAAGUUGGUGACCAGGUAUUUUUGAAGGUGUCACCCACUCGAGGUGUCCUCAGGUUUGGCAUCUGGGGAAAAUUGAGUCCGAGGUAUAUUGGACCAUAUCCCAUCUUGGAAAGGAUUGGCGAGGUAGCUUAUAAAUUGGAGUUGCCUGGAAAUCUAGCGGGUGUUCAUGAUGUGUUUCAUGUGUCCUUACUUCGGAAGUAUGUCCCCGACCGGAGUCACAUCAUUAAUCCCGAACCAAUUCAACUCAGGGAGGAUCUCACUUAUGACGAGCACCCGAUCCGCAUUUUAGAUUUCAAGGAGAGGAUGAUGCGGAGAAGGACCAUUCGUUUUGUUAAGGUCCUCUAGGACAACCAUUCGGUUGAAGAAGCUAUUUGGGAGUUGGAAUCCAAGAUGAGGCAGGAACAUCCACACCUCUUCCAAGACUAAGGUAUGAGUUUAGGGGACUAAACUCCUUUUUAGGAG